GAAGCAUAAUUGGGGAUGUUCAAAAUAAUUUCCGAUGUUAACCCAGUUUGGGGAGCAUACGGGCCACUUUGCUACCCAGUUUACAAGCAUCAUCUGAUAACAACAUCACAGAAUCCUUGUGGGCAGCUGUUAUUCCAUUUACAGUUGGGAAGACUGAGGUUAAGGGAGAUCAAAAGAUCUGUCCCAGGGCAACAGAAUGGAAUUAGGCAUUGUUCCUAUAUAGCUUCCCGGAAACAUCUCUACGUUGAUAAAAAUACGAAGGUUAUUUGCCAGGGUUUCACCGGUAAGCAGGGCACCUUUCAUAGCCAGCAGGCACUGGAAUAUGGCACCCAACUAGUUGGAGGAACCACUCCAGGGAAAGGAGGCAAGACACAUCUGGGCUUACCAGUCUUUAAUACUGUGAAGGAGGCCAAAGAACAGACAGGAGCGACAGCUUCUGUCAUUUAUGUUCCUCCUCCUUUUGCUGCUGCUGCCAUCAAUGAAGCUGUUGAGGCGGAAAUGCCCUUGGUUGUGUGCAUUACUGAAGGUAUCCCACAGCAGGACAUGGUGCGGGUCAAGCACAAACUGCUGCGUCAGGGAAAGACCAGGCUGAUCGGGCCUAACUGCCCUGGAGUCAUCAAUCCUGGAGAAUGCAAAAUUGGCAUCAUGCCUGGCCAUAUUCACAAGAAAGGAAGAGUUGGUAUUGUAUCCAGAUCUGGGACCCUGACUUAUGAAGCGGUUCACCAAACAACACAAGUUGGACUGGGGCAGUCUUUGUGCGUUGGCAUUGGAGGUGAUCCUUUUAAUGGCACAGAUUUUAUUGACUGCCUUGAAAUCUUUCUGAAUGAUCCAGCCACAGAAGGCAUCAUAUUGAUUGGUGAAAUUGGCGGUAACGCAGAAGAAAAUGCUGCAGAAUUUUUGAAACAACAUAAUUCAGGUCCCAAGGCCAAGCCUGUGGUGUCCUUCAUUGCUGGUUUAACUGCUCCUCCUGGCAGGAGAAUGGGUCAUGCAGGGGCGAUUAUUGCUGGAGGAAAAGGUGGAGCCAAAGAGAAGAUCUCUGCCCUUCAGAGUGCGGGAGUUGUGGUCAGCAUGUCUCCUGCGCAGCUGGGAACCACCAUCUACAAGGAGUUUGAAAAGAGGAAGAUGCUAUGAAAGGAAAACCAAGAAGUUGCCUAAACCUAUGGAAUGAAUCAUUAUGGAAAUAUGAACCCGUGGCUCUUUGCGUCUGUUGUCCCCUGAUUGUCAACCUGUGCGCCUAUUGCUGGUCUGUCUGUGCAGCAGAAAGCCAGAGCAAGGUUCAGAACGUCCUAGAUUGAGAGAUUUCCAUCGCAUCGUAUAGCAGACAGCCAAUAAAGCUACCAUUUGAUUUGAA